AUGGGAAUCCAAGUUCCAGCAUUCUUUGGAUUGUUGAAAAACUUGAGAUACCUCAAUCUCUCAAGUGCAGGAUUUGAUGGUGAAAUUCCCCACCAUUUAAGAAACCUCUCACAUUUACGGUAUUUAGAUCUUGGAGAUUCAGGUUUCUCCCAAAUAGGGAAUUCGUUGAGCACUAAGGAUCUCAGGUGGAUUGCUGGGCUCUCUUCUCUAGAAGACCUAGUCCUAUCCAAUGUGAACCUUACGGCCGCUCAAGAUGGGUUACAAUCAGUUAACAUGCUUCCUUCACUAACAACACUAGACUUGCAUGGCUGUGAUCUCUUCAUCUAUCCUCAUCUUUCACAUGUCAAUUUCACAUCUCUUGCUUUCCUUGAUCUUGAUUUUAAUAAUUUCAACAACUACAUGGCCCCUCCUUGGCUCCGUAAUCUUACUGGCCUCCAUGAUCUUCGUCUUGGUGGUAAUAAUCUUUUUGAUCCAAUUCAUGGUCUGUUUGACCAAAUGACCUCUCUAGUUCAUCUCGAUCUAUCUUCAAACCACUUUGAUGCUUUAACGUUGACAUCAUUUUGUAAUGCAAGCAGUCUUACUUAUUUGGAUUUGAGUUUUAAUAAUUUGCAAGGGUCAAUAUCAAGUGAAAUAGGCCAACUUAUAAAUCUUACUUAUUUGGAUCUGAGUGAGAAUAAUGUGCAAGGAUCAAUACCAAGUGAAAUAGGGGAGCUUCAAAAACUAACUAAUCUAUUAUUGUCCCAUAACAGCUUAAAUGGUUCUAUACCGACCAAUCUUGGGGAGCUAACGAAGCUACAAGCAUUUGAUGUUGGUGCAAAUUCAUUAACUGGUGUCCUAUCUGAAGACCAUUUUGCGAAACUCCGAGAGCUGAAGUCACUGUACCUAACCAGAAACUCACUCGCUCUGAACGUGAGCUCCUCAUGGGUUCCUCCUUUUCAACUCCAAGAAAUUCGGAUGGGAUCCAUCAUUGUGGGACCCAGGUUUCCAGCUUGGCUUCGGACGCAGAAUGAAGUUGAGACGUUAGACAUGCGGAAUGCGAGCAUCUCAGAUGCCAUACCCAGCUGGUUUCGAGUGCUUUGUUAUAAUAUUACGUCAUUAGAUCUUUCACACAAUUUUCUUACUGGACAUAUUCCGCAGCUGGUUGUACAUGCGCUGGGGUCUCUCUCUCUGAAUGAUAACCGUUUCACAGGUACUAUCCCUGAAGACUUGUGCAAGUUGGAAAAUUUAACUGAUCUAGAUCUAUCCAACAAUCUUCUGUCUGGAAGAGUUCCUCUGUGUCUAGGAAACUUGCGAGACCUGCGGAUCCUAAACUUGGCAAAUAACAGUCUAUCCGGUCAAAUUCCGAGUUCACUGGGUAACUUGUGGCAACUUUAUACUCUGCAUUUGAAUGGAAAUAAAUUCGUUGGGAAGCUCCCUACCUCAAUGCAGCAUCUGAGAAAUUUGGAAAUUCUUGAUCUCGGUGACAAUGGACUAAGGGAUAUUAUACCAGCUUGGAUUGGGGAAAGGACAUCAAAUUUAAGGUUUCUAAGAUUCCAGUCAAAUAACUUCCAUGGACCUAUUUCUGAUACACUCUGCCAACUCUCACAUCUUCGAGUGCUGAACUUAGCACAUAAUAACUUGAGUGGAUUUAUUCCUCACUGCUUUAACAACAUUACUGCCAUGGCAUCAGGGCUAGAUGGAGGUUACGGCAUUGAUUCACAAGAAAGCCUUCAAGACAUUAAGGGAGGAAGAGAAGUUGAGUAUUACUCAUGGGCCCUUCUGCUUGUUAAAUCCGUAAGCCUCUCAGCAAAUAAUUUAGUUGGCGAGAUACCUGAUGGGAUAAUGGAACUGGUUCAAUUGCAAUUUUUGAAUCUUUCACAAAAUCAUUUGACUGGAAAGAUCCCGGAUAAGAUUGGCAACUUGAAGCAACUUGAAACACUUGAUCUAUCAAUGAAUGCGCUCUUCGGUGCAAUCCCUGAAAGCUUAUCUGAUUUGUACUCGUUGAACUCUCUGAAUAUGUCACACAAUAAACUUUCAGGGCCAAUACCAUCAGGAAAUCAGCUUCAGACCUUGACCGAUCCAUCCAUCUAUGAAGGAAACAGUGGACUUUGUGGCAAACCGCUCCCAAACAACUGCUCGGAACACAAAUUGCCUACCAAAAAUGGGCCAAUUGAUGAUGAUGAAGGCCACAGCGAAUCUGAUUGGUCUUGGUUUUAUGCUGGUAUGGGACCGGGUUUUGCUGUCGGGCUGUUGGGAGUUUUGGGAAUCCUUCUCUUCAAGAAGUCAUGGCGCUAUACAUACUUCAAGUUCAUAGAAAGUGCCUGUGACAAAAUCUGGGUAAUGAUUGCAUUGAAGACUGCACGCCUGAGGAGGAAUUUCCGUUGA